CACUGGGGCCCGAGCUUUUCCCCUGUGUUAUUUUUUCGUACCAGUAACCGACUCUUUACGCUCCCUUCUCUUUCAGACCCGCAACCAUGGGCCGCCGCCCCGCGCGUUGCUAUCGAUACUGUAAAAACAAGCCUUACCCCAAGUCCCGCUUCUGCAGGGGCGUUCCUGAUCCCAAGAUCAGGAUUUUUGAUCUGGGCAGAAAGAAGGCUAAGGUUGAUGAAUUCCCACUGUGUGGACACAUGGUAUCUGAUGAAUAUGAGCAGCUGUCAUCUGAAGCUCUGGAGGCUGCCCGUAUCUGCGCCAACAAGUACAUGGUGAAAAGUUGCGGCAAAGAUGGCUUUCACAUCCGUGUACGCUUGCAUCCUUUCCAUGUUAUUCGUAUCAACAAGAUGUUAUCAUGUGCUGGAGCUGAUAGGCUCCAGACUGGGAUGCGAGGAGCCUUUGGUAAGCCUCAGGGCACUGUGGCCCGUGUCCACAUUGGGCAGGUCAUCAUGUCCAUUCGUACCAAAGUGCAGAACAAGGAGCAUGUAAUUGAAGCGCUGCGCAGAGCCAAAUUCAAGUUCCCUGGUCGCCAGAAGAUCCACAUUUCCAAGAAAUGGGGCUUCACCAAAUUCAACGCCGACAAAUUUGAGGAAAUGGUGGCUGAGAAGCGCCUCAUUCCGGACGGCUGUGGUGUUAAAUACAUCCCCAACAGGGGCCCUCUGGACAAGUGGCGGGCCCUUCAUGCUGCAUGAGUGCCUGAUCAGUCUGUGGGCUGCUUUGUUCAGUUUUAUGUUUGAAGGAAGAGUCAUGAGAAUAAACAGAUCUGUCUAA